UCAUCCCAGAAUCACGAACGUCCCCAAUAGUUGCACGUUCUCAAGGUUGAAAUUUAUUUACAGAAUGUUGAAGCAUGCUAUCCGGUGGAGUGGAUUAAUACGAUGUUAUAGUACUCAGGUGGAUAAAGCAGCCCUCAGUAAAUUAAGAAAAAAGACAGGAAUUGCUUUCAUUAACUGCAAGAAAGCUUUACUGAAGUUUGAUAAUAAUGUUGAACAGGCAGAGAAAUGGUUGCAAGAGGAAGCAAAGAAGGAAGGAUGGGCAAAAGCUACAAAGUUACAGAAUAGGAAAAUGGCUCAGGGACUUGUUGGUUUAAUUUAUGACAAAAGUCAUGUUACUAUGGUAGAGGUUAAUUGUGAAACCGAUUUUGUAGCCAGAACAGAAAAAUUUAAAACUUUUGUAACCCACCUAGCAACAGUUUGUCAUCAACACAGCAAACAUAUCAAUGAUACAAAGUCUCUCCUACUGAAAUCUGAGGUAGAUGGAGUUAAAUCUGGGACAGACAACAGCAGUACAAUAGCAGACUUGGUUGCCAUGGAGAUAGGAAAUAUUGGAGAAAACAUGCAACUAAGACGAGCCCUAUUUUAUAAAGCUACCAAUGAUUUACAGUUAGGGUCUUAUGUCUAUGGUCCAGCAGGUAAACCACUGUGGAUAAAGAAUGUUCAGCUAGGAAAAUAUGCCGCUGUUGUUCAAUUUAGUCAAAUAAUAAAUGGUACAAAAGUUAUCCCAGGUCAUAGCCUUAGUCAGCAACUAGGUCAACAUAUUGUUGGCAUGAAUCCAAAAACAAUUGGUAACUAUGACGAUAUAGCUAUAGAAAGUAGUAAAGAUGAAGAGACUGAAACUGAUGAAAAUAUGUCAAACAACAGCUCGGCAGAGAAUACAGAGAAAUUUGAAGAUGAGGCUAAAGAUUCAAGAGAAGGAGAAAGUGAUGAUGAAAUUGAAAAUUUACCGAAAGAAAAAGAAAAAGAUGAAUCGCGUUUCUUAUUUCAAGAAUAUUUAAUGGACCCUGAUACAAAAGUAUAUGAAAUUUUAACAGAGAACAAUAUGAAAGUUAUGGAUUUUGUCAGAUUUGAAGUUGGUGAAGAACUUCCUGAAGAAACUGAAGCAGAUGAAAAAGUUUCUGCAUCUUCAUAAUGUUUAUUAUCACUGUUAAAUGUUGUUUAGAUCAAAGCUUCUGAAUUAGGAGAUGAAUAAGUGUCUUCAUCAUCAUUAUGUUUAUUUUCACUGUUAAAUAUUAUUUAGAGCCAAGAUAUUAAUUGCUAUUGACAACUAAAAAUACACUGCAACCAGCUGGUGGUUUUGUAAUUUUCACAGGUAAUGGUGGGAAGUGGGUACAAAGUGGGUAAAAUUUCUACAUAGUACACAUAAUUUUUUUUAAUUAUCAUAAGAAUUGAAAAUAAUUUACCUGGGAAAUGGUCUAAGCUUUUGAAUGCAAUGUUUUUAAAUAAAUCUACGGUUCAAUUUAACUUGGCAUGAGUGGUCUGCCCAUGAUCUAAGGUUUAAUUUUAUUUGGCAGGAGUGGUCUGCCCAUGAUUUUGUAGUUGGAAAUGUCAAAAUCUACUUGAGGUGUAGUAUUUACAAGUUUUUGAGAAGAUCAAAUAUUCUAGAGAAGAAAGAAGGGUUUAAUUGAAACAGCAAAGAAAAUAAUAGACAAUUACACGAUUUUAACAAUUCAAAGAACCUGCAAUUUAGAUAUUAACAGGAAAAACAUGUAUUAUUAUGUAUUGUCAAACAUGUUAGACAUUUAUCAUUUGUAUAAUUAAAAAAAAAGAAUAUCUGUAUCAUUGUUUAAGUGUAUAUGCAAAUAAGAAGAUGUGGUAUGAUUGCCAAUGAGACAUCUCUCCACCAGAGACUAAAUGACAUGGAAGUUAACAACUAUCGGUCACUGCAUUGCCUUCAGUAGUGAUCAUAGUUAUGUAAUGCACCAUUCAUUCAGUUUUUGUGGCAGGGCAUGGGUUUUUUCUCU